AUGAGAGCAUACAUGAAUAUGGCAGAGGCCCUUAAUUCACAAUCGAUUAAUGAAAUAUUACCGAACUUAGAAAGAUUAUUUUUGACUCUCGAGACAGGCUAUUUAAAUAUUAUAGAUAGCAUCCGUGAUCUUACCGCUAAAGUCUAUGGAAUGGAAACUACCAUCAGUACCAAAAUCGAUAAUAUGGAUUCUAACUUGGGUGUCAAGCUUGAUAAUUUAUAUGCUAAGAUUGAUGAGUUGGAUGCAAAAGUGACAGAACUUAAUGCUAAAAUUAAUUGA